AUGGAUUUGGCUGCUCUUCGGCAGAUGUCAGGAGGAGCAGCGGAGCCCGACCGGCUACCUCGGUCGUUGGACACAAAUCAGUGCUACUCUACCUUCCAGUCCGAACUGGCCUGCCAGCCCGACCAAGCCGUUUAUGCCGGGACCGGGACGUUCGACCAGUGUCAUGGUUGCAUCGGAGCGGUCCAGACGGUUGGCAGUGAGAUGUCACUUUCCGGCAGUUGGGUGGAGCACUCCGUUCCCCUGAAGAUGGCACGCUCCAUUUUGGCACCAAGGCCGGGCGAAGAAGUCGGCAGAAAGACCGUCUUCGCAAGUGGCAUUCCAACAAUUUCCUCCAAAGUCGUUGACGGACUGUCCUUGGUGCAUCCAGGAACCAGUUCGGUUUGCUACGAGUUCUGGUACACUGCCCAAGGCCAGGUAAGAUAUGACGACCCGAUUGAGCUUCAAAGCGGCAUGGCUGAUGAAGAAAGAAUGCACCUCAACGUGAACCAUGUGGACGAAGACUGGAUGUACGGCCGGCUAGUGACCACAAGCAGUUUCUCCAUGAAGCUCUGUGAGGUUCUUGCGCGCUCCUCGUGCACUGCGUUCUACAACAUUGCAAUGCUGAAUUUGCUCUCCGAGAUUGUUUCAACAAAGGAGUUGGCGAGCCGCUUCGACUCCUACAUCCUCAGCCUUUUCCUCAUCUCGCGGUGUCUUUGGGUAUACAUUGCUCAUCGGCGUGCCCAAAGGGGCCUUAUCCUGGACUGGCACGACAAGGGCGAGUACGUGACCAAUGUUGGCUUCUUUGGCAGGUUGGAUCUGAUGUUUAGCAUCACAGUGGUGGAGAUGUUCUUGAUCCCGAGGAUAGUCCGAGACAUCGUGUCCCUGCUUCAUCCCGACAAGCGGUGCCAUCCAUUCGCUGCCUUUGGCGGAAAGCUGUAUGGUCCUCGUUCCUUCAUUCUGGGCUUCCCAACGAAGGACAUGUACAUCACCGAGAGCCUUCAUGGCAUAGUGUCUCAAGUGCCGGUUCUGGUGGCAGAUGUCAUCAUCACCGUCAGCCUGUGUUGGACGCUGCGCGCCAAGAUAGGCCUCUUCUGCUUCUCCAUUCCCGAAGACCGGGAACGUUGGUUGUGGUGCCGAUGCAUGACGUGGCUCGUGCUGGUUCUCACAGUUGUCAACUUUGUCUUGAAGGUGAUUUUGUUUCGGCGAUAUUUGUGGGCUCGCAAACGCUAUCGGGCCUGGCUCAAAGUGAAGCUGAACGACCCAAGUCAGCCCGAUGCGUGCAGGCGCGCGCUGAGGAAGGAGUGGCGUGCUUAUUUCGGUGAGCUAAGCCAGACGCUCGUGCACGAGCCACUGAGCCCCUGA